AUGCGACUUGAGAAAUGCGCCCGGAAGUUGUCCUCGAGGCCUGGUGCUUGUCUGGUGCCUUGUCGGCGUGUCUCCGAGGGCGCUGUCUUAGUAGCUGAAGAUCCCCGCACAGGAGCAAAGCAGAGUGAGAUGCAUCAAGUCAUGGUGUCGCCGCGCGCAACUGGACAUGCGUUACUGGCCAUGGAUAUUAUUGACACUGCGCGAGUGCUGGGCUGUUAA